CAAGUUCAUCUGCACCUGUUUUUAGUAAGUGUGAACAAUAACUAACCAUUCAGUGUUUUCUUUACUAAUACUAGUAACAAACAUACUAACAUCGUGGUAUCCACCAUCCUUUACAAUUAAUCAUGACCACAUACCAUGACAAAGGCGAUAAGCCCGAAGUUGGAAAGUUUGUUGCAUUUGAUCAUUGUAGAUUUUGGGUUGGAAAUGCCAAGCAGGCUGCGUCGUUUUAUUGCACCCGAUUCGGUUUCGAGCCUUUUUGUUACAAGGGACUGGAAACUGGCUCAAGAGAAAUCGCAUCUCAUGCUAUUAAGCAAAAUAAGAUCAUCUUCGUAUUCGAGUCACCAUACAAUCCGACAGGACCAGUAACAGAAGAACUGGGCACACAUCAAAUGAAACAUGGAGACGGUGUAAAAGAUGUGGCGUUUCAAGUUGAAGAUUGUGUCAAGUUAUAUCAUCUGUCAAUCAAGCGUGGAGGUGUAUCUGUGAAAGAACCCUGGGAGGAAACGGACGAACAUGGAACUGUUGUGUUCGCUCAAGUGAAGACUUACGGUGACACCAUCCACACGUUCGUGGAGCGAAAAAAUUAUGAUGGGCCUUUUCUUCCUGGUUUUCGUCCCGUCAAGACGAAAGACACCUUACUAGAGCGAUUACCGAAACCAGGACUUCAAUUUAUUGAUCACGUUGUUGGUAACCAACCCGACCUGCAAAUGACGCCGGUAGCCGAAGCGUACGAGAAAAACUUGAUGUUUCAUCGAUUUUGGUCCGUAGAUGAUUCACAGAUUCACACAGAAUUCAGUUCUCUAAGGUCUAUUGUGGUGACGAAUUACGAGGAGACAAUUAAAAUGCCGAUCAACGAGCCUGCAAAUGGAAAGAAGAAAAGUCAGAUUCAAGAAUAUGUUGAUUACUAUGGAGGGGCUGGUGUCCAACAUAUCGCUUUAAAUACCAAUGACAUCAUUACUGCAAUUAAAAGCAUGAAAGAAAGAGGCUGUGAGUUUCUCUCCAUCCCAGAUACGUAUUAUGAUGCGUUAAGAGAGCGGCUAAAGCUUUCUAAGAUCAACGUGAAGGAGUCGAUUGACGAGUUACAAAAGUUGAAGAUCUUGGUGGAUUAUGAUGACGAAGGUUAUCUUCUGCAAAUAUUUUCAAAACCAUGUCAAGACCGACCAACUCUUUUCAUAGAAACCAUACAGAGAAAUAACCACACUGGGUUUGGUGCUGGUAAUUUUAAAGCAUUAUUUGAAUCGAUCGAAAUGGACCAAGCAGGUCGCGGAAAUCUCACCAAAUUAUGAAGUUGAUUUUAUCCGUUCAGAUGUGCUAAAUUCUUUACCAGUCUCCAAGGACUGCCUGUCCUUUAGGUCAAAAUGAAUCAGAACGUUUUGUCGUGUCUAUACAGAAGAUUUGUAGAUUUUUUCUUUUUUUUAUUCAAUUUUUGUUUGUUUUCUUCUAAAAAUAUGAAUACUAGUGUACUUGUGAUGCUGCGAUAA